GCAGGGUCAGCGUGGUUGUCAGCAACAGAUUUUUCGAAUCAAGAUGGCUUUACGGUUUUAUCCCUUACCCCGACUUGCUACCGUGAGCUGUCUGGAGCAUCUCUAGCUUCCAAGUCUUCAUUAAACCUCUGCUUUUGCAGCCUUCCCUGGUCUUUAAGAAGUUACAAUUUUUUUUUGUGUGCUUAAUAGGUGUAUAUUGUUGGAAAUAAGAUUUUCAUCAUCAUAGAUUAACACUUUUGUAAAGUAAAAUAAUAAAAUAUGAGCUUCUUCCAAUUGAUCAGUUAUUAAAUUGUGGAGGAACAGAGAAUAGAUGGCCUCAAAUUAAACACAUCAGCAAAUAUACAUUAAAAUACAUUUCCAAAGAGAUCGGUUGGUUUUUAAAGCAGUUUUUAUUCCAAAAACAAAAUAAUCAAGUCUUUCACUGCAUUUUUGCAAUACAACAUUUUGGCAAACACACACAAAGAGAGAUGCAGCAUCUUUUAUUUCCAAUUUGGUUUCUACACUGAUGAACACCAAAAGUAUCCAUAAGCAAUUUAAUCUAAUGAUAUCAUUACUGUACUGCCAGCUGCAUUUGUAUGUAAAAUCAUAACAUUUUACUACACACUGUCAGCAAACCAUGACUGAUUUUUAUUCAAGCAUAACUUUGUUUCAUUUUCUUAUUUAAACUGGGUAAGUGCUUAGAUGACCUGUUAAGAAUGUCCUGCAAAGUUGGGUUUGCAUAAAGAAACUCAAAAACUUGAGAUUGCUCAUUUAAACCUUAGAAACCCAGCAAAGAUUGAACAAAACAAUUCGUAUCCUUACUGAACCAUUGGAGCUUGUUUUAAAACAGUCUCAUUUAUCCUUGCUCUAAACAAUGAGGUGCUGUCCUCGUGCAACCCCCCCCAUAACAGUGAACAGCUGUUCACACAUUUGGAGGUGUUGUACAAACACUGUAGAUUUCACCAAAUUGUCACCUUCUGUUCUGAUAUUUAUGUUUUUUAUCUACAUAUCCUGAUGUUCACCCACAGGUUGAACAGAUGCAUUUAUUUCACUAUCUACCCCCACUAACUUCAUUAUUUUUUUAAUAGAACUUAAACAAGUGGGGAAACGUGCAUUGUUUUUAUUGUUCUGCUUUGCACUUGUAUAGCUUUGGGUCCAGGGCAUGACUCUGUUGUUAAUGCAUUGUGUGAGAGCACCCUGUUACCCUGCAGUGACUCUCAUCACUGGUAGAAAAGUAUGGGGGGGGCAGAGGGGCAGGCCUGCUGCGUGCACAUGACUGCGCAGCAUUGUGGCAGAAGGAGAGUGAGAGAUGAGAAACGGAGGGAGCGAGGGAUCCGAUGCAGAUCUGGGAGAGAAGAGACGAGGAGCUGUAAAUUUAGGAAGCUGCACACACUGAAGCGUGCAGAAGAGACAGGCAGCAAAUCGGGCCUAAGAAGUGGUUGCUAACUCAGCAGAGUGGUGAGAGCUACGGCAAGAUUACAGAAAUGACUCCGGACAGAGCGGUCUGAGUGAAAGGGAGCAGUGAUGGGCUAUUGAGAGCUUGUCUCUCUGUCGUCUUUUGACAGAGGAGUUGGCACAGCUGGGCAAGUUGCUAUAGCAGUGCGGACGAUACAGUAGGCAUCUAUUUUGGUCCUGCUGUCAGACAACGAUGUCACCUUGGACAUGUGGCGGCGCUGGUUAGAGGGAACAGGUUGCAUGAAGUGGGCUGCUAAGUAUGUCAGGAGUGGAUAAAGACGAGGAGCCUGCUUACAGACUGUGCUUCUACUCUGCCUCUUUUCAGCGCUCCAACAGUCACGACAAAGUGAGAAAAAUCGUAGCAGAAGAAGGUCGUGCUGCUCGGAACCUCAUUGCCUGGAGUGUCCCUCUGGAGAACAAAGAGGAAGAAGUAAAGUCCAAAGGCAACUCCAGUGGCAAUUCCAGGUCACAGAGGAUCAAUGCUGGACAACAUAAGAAUAAAAAACAGAAUGCUGGUGUGGAAGGUAAAGGCACAUCUGGAUCUCCAUUGGACAAAGGGUCUGACAAGAGCCCCACAAAAGUCAGACAGCCACGCAAAGUUGACCUUCGAGCGCGGUACUGGGCCUUCCUCUUUGAGAACCUGCGUCGGGCGGUGGAUGAGAUUUAUGUCACAUGUGAAUCUGACCAGAGCGUCCUAGAAUGCAAGGAGGUGUUGAUGAUGCUGGACAACUAUGUUCGGGACUUCAAAGCUCUUAUAGACUGGAUCCAGCUUCAAGAGAAGCUAGAGAAAACGGACGCCCAGAACAGACCCACUUCUUUAGCCUGGGAGGUGCGGAAGAUGUCUCCUGGACGUCACGUGAUGCCAAGCCCCACUUCAGACAGAAUAGCACCUUCUCCGGGUGCACGGCGCAACUUCAACUUUGGUGGUCCUCCAUCAACGCUGGCUGCAGCUCGGCUCUCCCACACUGGUCCCAGCUGGGCAGACAGAGUAAAGUGCACUCAAGCCACCCAAAGCUCGAGUCAACCGACCGCAUCCCCAGCAGAAAAACCCAGUAAAAAAGAUGCAGAAGGCUGGGAAACUGUACAGCGCGGUCGCACGGCCAAACCUCGCUCUGCUACCAUGGUUUCCAAGGUCGGUCCUAAUCUGGCUCACAACGCUCCAAAACAGGACUUCGUCAAGUCCAACUGGUCACGACAACCGCCACAGGAAGAGCGGCAGCUGCGGCCUGAGCGUCCCCUCAACACAAACGAGACCCAGCACGAUCCUGAACAGCUAGUCCCCGCGAAGCCAGCCCCCCUGAAGGAGGCCGAACAUCCAGAGAAUGGACAAAUAAUGGAGCCCCCAGCAGAGAGUGCACAAGCCUCAGAGCAGUGUGUCGACGCAUCCUGUGAAGAUGUGCAACCCUCCAUAACAUCCCUUACUCCAUCCCAAGCCCCAGAGUGCACCCAGUCCAAUGCGGCAGCCCUCCCCACAGACAUUACCAUAUCAGAGCCGGUCACAUCUCCGCCCAUUACAGCAUCCGUAGACCCACACCAGACGGGUGGGCUCGGUACUCCGGUGGCCUGUGGGGAUGCCGAGGCCGAGGGGGGCGCAUCACAGGGCAUGGCAACAUCUGCUGCAGGACAGGCUGAGACUCCCAUGGCACCGGUGAAACUGGAGAGCGUGCUGGACCCCACAGAGCUUUCCACUCCUCAGUCCAUGGCAGAAGUCCUGGCCAAGAAAGAGGAGCUGGCUGACCGACUGGAGAAAGCCAAUGAAGAGGCCAUCGCCAGCGCCAUUGCCGAGGAAGAGCAGCUGACCAGAGAGAUUCAAGCGGAAAAUAAUGACUUGGAAACUGACAACGAAAGUUACUUCUCUGGUGGCAUCAGUGGUGGAAGUUACAGUGGGAAUAUGGAUUGGAGCGAAAUGUUGGCUGAUUUUGAUGCUCGGGAGUCGUGGCGUCAGAGUACCUCCUGGGGUGACAUGGUGGAAGAAGAACCUUCUAGGCCUCCUGGACAUGGGAUCCAUAUGCAUGAAAAACUAUCCUCACCAUCACGCAAAAGAACCAUUGCAGAGUCAAAGAAGAAACACGAGGAGAAGCAACUCAAGGCGCAGCAGCUGAGGGACAAACUUCGUGAAGAAAAGACUCUCAAAUUGCAAAAGCUCAUGGAGAGGGAGAAGGACGUGCGGAAGUGGAAAGAAGAGUUGUUGGAGCAGCGUCGGCGGAUGAUGGACGAAAAGCUGCUGCACGCCGAGUUUAAGAGGGAGCUGCAGCUCCAGGCGAUUGUUAAAAAAGCUCAAGAAGAAGAAGCUAAGGUGAAUGAAAUCGCUUUCAUCAACACUUUGGAAGCCCAAAAUAAGAGGCACGAUGCCCUGGCCAAGUUAAGUGAGUAUGAACUGCGUCUUAAUGAACUUCAGGAAGAGAGACAGAGGAGACAGGAGGAGAAACAGGCCAGAGAUGAGGCUGUUCAGGAGCGUAAACGCGUUUUGGAAGCAGAGCGGCAGGCUCGAGUGGAGGAGCUGCUGAUACGGAGGAAAGAACAGGAGGCUCGUAUUGAGCAUCAGAGGCAGGAAAAAGAGAAAGCUCGGGAGGAUGCAGCGCGGGAAAGAGCCAGAGAUCGAGAGGAGCGCCUGGCUGCUCUCAGCGCAGCCCAGCAAGAGGCCAUGGAGGAGCUGCAGAAGAAAAUUCAAAUGAAGCACGACGAGAGCAGCCGUCGGCAUAUGGAGCAGAUCGAGCAGAGGAAAGAGAAGGCUGCUGAGCUCAGCAGCGGUCGGCAUGCUAACACAGACUACGCCCCCAAACUAACACCAUACGAGCGCAAGAAACAGUGCUCGCUGUGUGGCAUCGUGAUCACCUCAGAGGUGCACCUGUUCAGCCACACCAAAGGCAAGAGGCACCAACAGGCCGUGCGAGACAGUAGCAGCAUCCAGGGACGGGAGCUCUCAGAUGAGGAAGUGGAGCAUCUUUCGUUGAAGAAAUACAUUGUGGAUAUUUUGACGGACAGCUCUGUUUCGUCUGAGAGUGUGAAGGAUGGAGAGGAGCGCCAGAAAGCAAGAAAGAGAGCAAAGAAGCUCCGAGCCAGGAUGAACUCCAGAGCAAAGGAAUAUGAAACGUCAUUGGAGGCAAAGAAUCAAGUCUCAGACUCUCCAUACAAAGCCAAGUUGCAGCGUUUAGUGAAAGACCUUCUGAAGCAGCUGCAGGGCCAAGAUGGUGGGCAGUGGGCCAACACCAAAGCCUCUGGUCUAGACAGAACUCUUGGAGAGAUCUCCCGCAUCUUAGAAAAACAGAACAAUGCAGACCAAGUGGCCUUCCAAGUGGGUGGUGGCCUGUCCGCUUUGGAACAAAUUUUGCAAGUCAUCUCUGCUGCUUCUACGCCCACCGCAGUCCCCCGUAUUCCUCUCAAAUCUCUCUGUGCUGCUGCUAACGUCUACUAUCUAGCAUGUUCCAACUGCUCCUUCAACUGCUGCUACGUGCUGUUCAGCAACAAGAUAGUCUACCUCAUGGACCUGCUGCUUCAUCAGCUGACGCUGUACGUUCCAGAUGAAGACAAGUCAAUUUUUGGUCGAUCUGUGAACAAACAAGUCUUUGAAGGUCUGACAACAGGCCUGCUUCAGACCAUUGCCACCAUCUUGGAUUCCCUGUGGCCGUUCCUUUCUGAAUCAGGGCAAACCGAGAACCCAUGGAUCCCCUCCUCAGAUUCCAAGGUCAAGAGCUCCGCCGCAGAGUCCGUUAACACUCGUGCUCAGGAUCUAAUCAGCUACGUGGUAAAUGUGGGGUUGAUUGACAAGCUGUAUGGGUGCUUUUUAUCCGUCCAAAGCCCCGUAGACGAGCACCCCAAGAUGUCCGCCUUCCUCCAGCAAGCCUCAGCUCUGCUGCACAGCAUGUGUAAACUCUGCUUUGUCUUAACUGGACGUGCUCCUAGUAUAUUCGACAACAAACGCCAGGAUCCAACUGGACUCGCAGCCCUUCUGCAAUCUACUGACCUUGUGGGAGUGGUGCACACUCUGUAUUGUAUCCUCCUGCACAGUUUCUCACCAGAGUCUGCUUCCCAGAGUCAGGAGCCCUACAGCCUCGAGGUCAUCCAGGUGGCUCUGCAGGGCAUCCGCUUCCUCAACAGCUUUGCCCUUCUUGACCUGUCUGCCUUCCAGUCCGUUCUAGGUGCUGAGGGCCUGUCUUUAGCUUUCCGACACAUCAUCAGCUCUUUGCUGUGGUACUGCGCCCAACAUUCAUCAGAAGAGCUGCUGCACGAAGUCAUCAUCUGUGUGGGGUACUUCACAGUUAACCAUCCUGACAACCAGGUGAUUGUGCAGUCUGGCCGCCAGCCCAGCGUUUUACAGAAACUGUGUCAGUUGCCCUUCCAAUACUUCAGCCACCCACACCUCAUCAGAGUGCUGUUUCCCACCCUGAUCUCAGCCUGCUACAACAACUCUCAAAACAAGGUCAUCCUGCAGCAGGAGAUGAGCUGCGUGCUCCUGGCCACGUUCAUUCAGGACUGUGCCACAAAUGAGAAGGAUUCAGAUGGUAAAUCCAGUAAAGCAGUUUCCCAGUGGCUGUUGGAUUACUGUGAAUUGUCCAACCGCUUUCCAAGAGAUCAGUGGGAUUCCGCGUUGCAGUUUUUUCUCAAGAAGCAGGAGUGAUGGAGCCGACCUCAGAAAUAAAUUAAAAAGCACAGUUUAAACACUACAAGGUGUGGGGGAACUUAGUUUGUUUCUGAAUUUAGGUUUUUAUCCGAAAAGGAUGUUCAGACUUUGUUAAUGUGACGCCUAAGCGUUGUUGUUAAAGAAUUAUUUGCACAAAUUGCUUUUUUUUUUUAUUAUUAUUGUUCAUUAGAUUUAAAACACACUAGUCUAGUUUCUGUGUGGGGAAAAACGUUUGUUCCUGUUGUCCUGUUGAUAAUAAUAAAACAUUUACCUAAACUGUUAUUUAUACAUUGCCAAACAUUUUCAUGAGCACUGUGUUAUUUAUUGUAUUUGGCUGCAUAUUUGAAUGUUAAUAAACAUUUCUGUAGUCUUUACAGUGCCACUUUCUGGUUAAAAUAUUCAGAGUUAAACUUUUUUUUUAUUUUAAGGAGCAUUUACAAAUUAAUAUAAUUUAAGUUGUUUGCAAAAAUUACGUGUUUACUGUGUUCAAUUCUUGCUUUUCUGGCCAGUUAAAAGAGCCAAUGCUGAACACAACUGUUUCUCUCCUCUUUAUGCAGUUAUUUGCCUGAUUCAGUUUCACAGAAAUGUGGAGGAAAAAAGCACCUUUAUGGUUAAAAUCUGAAACAUGUUCUCAUAACUUCAGUUUUUUUUUUCUGUAUUUAAACAUUUAAUUCAGCAUUUUGACAUCUAAAAUAAAGUUCUUUUUUCAUCACUAAAA